AUGUCUCUCCACGACAUCAAGCGCAUUUUGCUCGUGCUUUCAGGCAAGGGCGGCGUUGGCAAAUCCAGCAUCACCACCCAACUCGCUCUCACUCUAUCCCUCCAAGGCCAUCGUGUUGGCGUCCUGGAUGUCGACCUGACUGGCCCUUCCAUUCCCCGUUUUUUCGGCAUCGAGAAUGCGAAAAUCAGACAGGCUCCCGGCGGCUGGAUCCCGGUGACCGUUCACGAGAAUCAAGAUGCGAGCUCGGCCGAUGGCAGUGGCAAAAGCCGCGGCGCGCUGUACUGCAUGUCUCUGGGCUUUUUGCUGGCCGACAGAGGCGACGCUGUAGUCUGGCGAGGCCCCAAGAAAACGGCCAUGGUGCGGCAGUUCCUCACCGAUGUCUUCUGGGGCGACUUGGACUAUCUUCUCAUCGACACUCCGCCCGGCACGAGCGACGAGCAUAUCUCGCUCGUCGAGACGCUGCUCAAGUCCGCUACACCGGAACAGCUGGCCGGCGCGGUCGUAGUCACUACACCGCAAGCCAUCAGCAUCAGCGACGUCAAGAAGGAGAUCAAUUUCUGCGCCAAGACGGGCGUGCGAGUCUUGGGCGUCAUCGAGAACAUGGCGGGUUUCGUAUGCCCGAACUGCUCCGAGUGCACGAACGUCUUCUCCAAGGGCGGCGGCGAGGUUAUGGCGACGGAGUUCAAUGUUCCUUUCUUGGGGAGCGUGCCCAUCGACCCGAUGUUCAUUCGCCUCAUCGAAGAAGGCCAAACGCCCGUCUAUCCGGAAGGCACGAUCAUUCAGGGCCAGAACAUGGAUAGCAACCCUGCUGCAAAUGGACAUCUAUCAACGGCCGACGACUCGCUUGCGCAGAAGUAUACGAAAUGCUCGCUGUUCCCUAUCUUCACGCAGAUGACUGGACAGCUGGUUUCCGCCACACUAAACCCACACACUUGA